UUCUGACCCGGUUUCAGUAACGGAGUUCUCCAAGAAGACGGGCGACUACCCCAGCCUGUCCGCCACUGACAUCAAGGUUCUGGCUCUGACCUACCAGCUGCAGCUGGAGCACGUCGGGUCGCAGAACCUCAAGGCGGAACCAGACCUGAAGGUGACCAUCCAGAGCACACAGCGCCACCCAGAGGCUCCGGUCCACAUCGCAGGCUUCCACCUUCCCUCCAGGAGAACCGUGGACGUUACGAAUGCCGGACACACUCAGUCGGAACCAUCCACUCGGACGGACCUGGACCAGUUCAACAGCUUCCAGUUCUGGAGGCAGCCGCUGCCGAGCCUCCAGGGAGAAAUGCUGGACCUGCUGGGUCCGACCGGGCCGGUCCAACAGCCAGACAUCCCGGCGUCCUCAGAGACAGAUGAAGACUUCAGCAGCUUCCGGUUCUGGAGAGACCCGGUUCCCAGCGUGGAUCAGGACCUGCUGGACCUCCUGGAUGUGGGCGGAGCCUCAUCCCAGGUGGAGGAGAGGAGGGUGGGGCCUGGGCUGGCAGAGGACCAAUCAGACGAUGAGGAUGAUGAUGGCUGGAUCACUCCCAGCAACAUCAGGCAGGUGAAGAUGGAGUCGUCUGAUUGGACGGAGCCGGCUGAUGUCAGAGUGGGGUGCCUGACCACCGACUUCGCCAUGCAAAACGUUCUGAUCCAGAUGGGCCUCCAUGUUCUGUCCGUCGGCGGCCUGGUGAUCCGCCGCGCCCGCAGCUACAUCCUGCGGUGCCACGCCUGCUUCAGGACAACCAGCAACAUGAGCAAAGCGUUCUGCCCUCACUGCGGCAACCAGACCCUGAAGAAGCUGGCGGUUACCGUUGGCGACGAUGGCAGCAUCCAGAUGCACUUCUCCAAGAACCCCAAGGUCAUGAACCCCCGAGGAACCAGGCACUCGCUGCCGCUGCCUCGCGGCGGGAAGCACGCCGCCAACCCCCACCUGGUGGAGGACCAGCGCUUCCCGCAGCAGCGUCUCUCCAGGAAGGCCCGGCAGAAGACGGACGUGUUCGACCCGGACUACGUGGCCGGAGCGUCGCCGUUCUGCCAGAAUGACAUCUACAGCCGCGCCGCCAACCUGCAGAUCCGCGACGGGCAGAGCGGCGCCGGCCGCAGGCGAGCCAACCCUAACGCCGCCCGCAGGAAGUUCCUCAAGAAGAAGUGAUGGAACCAGGUCCGCUCGGUUCUGGACUUUGGUUUCAGAUCAUGAAAUUAAUUUUUCACUUUGCGUUCUGCUCAUAUUUUCAAAACUCUGAACUAAACUUGAACAUCUGGGUUCACUUGUCGGACUUUUCUAGAACCCGUUUCAGUUCUUGGAUCAGAACCUCCCUGGCUAAAUAAAUGCUUUGUUAUUUUUAUUAUUAUUACUAUUAAAUCUAGUUUGAAGCUUC